GGUCCCAGUGCUGUUCUAUAUGGUGAAGCGCUGUACUAUCACUGCUACCGCUCUGCAGACGUCUGUCGCUAUGACCUGAAGAGCAACGCCGUCAAACGGGUGACACUUCCAGGCACCGGCGUGGGUUUCAACAACAAGUUCCCGUAUUGUUACUAUGACUGCCGUGCCAAUAGUGAUGUAGAUGUGGAGGCAGACGAGACGGGACUAUGGGCAAUCUAUGCCACUGUCGGUAACCAUGGUAAUCUAGUGGUGAGUCGGCUAGUUUGGGACAGUGAGGCCGAGACACUAAAUGUCUCCCAGAAGUGGGAGACGAGGCUGUUCAAGAAGGCAGUGAGCAAUGCUUUCAUGGUGUGCGGUGUGCUAUAUGCCACUCGAUUUGUGGACGAAUAUCGGGAGGAGGUGUUCUACGCCUUCGACACAGCAACAGGCAAAGACGACAACUCACUAGCACUGCCACUGGAGAAGGUAGCUAAAGGAGUGGCCAGCCUGAGCUAUAACCCCAUCAACAGACAGAUCUACAUGUACAACGAUGGAUAUCUGCUGGCCUACCAGGCCAACUUCUGAUCUGAAGCUGUUGUCCCCAUGUUAGCCAUUUUCAGAUAGAACUGACAAGAUAGAGAGCCAGACAAGAUCCAUCUUAAAGACUCCAUGUUAUGAUUUGUAUAAGGUGACCAGAUUUCUGAAAUGAAAACCCGGGACAUUUUUGGUUUGAUAGUCAGUAUGUCAUUAAAAAAUAUGUUAUUCUGAAAUAAAAAAUAGGG